AUGGCCUCAUCGCCCUUUGUCGGUCUCGAGGUCAAGCUGCACCUGCGCUCGCAGCCGCACGCGCCGCUCGUGGCCAAGAUCCUUUCGGUCAACCAGGCCACAAACACCCUGACCGUCGCGCGCACCGCCGACGGCCACCGCAUCGACAUCCUCCGCACCGACAUCCAGAGCCUCUCGGCCGUCGCACCGCCCGCGACCGCGCACCAGCCAGCAUCCUCGUCUCGCCCUCCCUCGACGUCCUCGCCGUCGUCGUCGUCGGCCCGUCCCGCGCCCGCCGCACAGUCGACGCCCGGACAGCAUCCGGCCCCUGCGCGCGCAGAGACGUCGACGCCCAGCAUCCUCUUCAACCACGCACACCCCUCGUCGGCCGCCCGCGCAUCGCCCCACCCUCGCCAGGCGCACGCUUCGUCCUUGUCCUCCUCCUCCUCCUCCUCAACCCCGUCCUCUGCGCCCCCCUCCGACCCCGCCAUCCUCUCGCUGGCCAAGCCAGGCUCAGCCGGCAACGGCACACACCCGACCGCCACCGCCCCUGCCUCGUCCUCGUCGCCCGCCCCCUCGCCUCGUCCCGUCCACGCCUCGGCAGCCCACACGCCCAAGCAGACGCCCGCCAAGAAGAAGAAGAAGCAACAACAGCAGCAGCGGCUCGACGGCAACCCGCACUCGCGCAGCGCCAGCCCCGCAAUCUCCUCGGCCGCCACUGGCGCCCCUGCCGCCGCCGCCGGCGACAACCUCGACGAGGACUUCGACUUUGGCGCCGCGCUGCGCCAGUUUGACAAGAAAAGGAUCUGGGACGAGAUCCGCAGCUCGGACCACACCGACCCGGCCACGCUGCUCAGGCAGGCAGGAUCUGCCGCCACCAACAGCGUCAAGGAGAAGACGGCGGCGGCCGCGGCGGCGCCAGUCGCCGAGCCGAACGCGCCAGGAAAGCCCACGUACGCCGAGCUCGAGGAAAAGGUGCGCAAGCUCGAGGCGGAGCUGGCGCUGGCCAAGCGGCGCAACGUGCUGCUCGAGGAGCUGGCCGGGCUCGGGCUUGGCGGAGCUGCCGGCAUCGCCGCCUCUUCCUCUUCCUCUUCCGCUGCCGCUGCCGCUGCCGUCGUCACGCCCCCCACGCCUUCGCCGGCGCCGCUCGUCGACGACAGGGCAACCCGCGUCGACGAGCAAGCGGGUCGUCUCAGUGCCGACAUCGACGCCCUGUCGCUCGGCUCGGACAAGUCGCAGGCGCCUGCCGCUCCCGCCAAGCCCGCCGAUACGCCUGCCGCGCCCGCUGCCGCGCCUGCCCCGGCGCCGGCCCCGGCGGACCUCACCUUUGGCCACAUCCUCUCUGCGCCCAUCCUCACCCUCUUUUUUCCGACGGCGGCCGCGCAGCACGCCGCCAUUGCGCGGAUCGAGGCCUUCUACGAGUCGUCGUCGUCGUCGCAGACGUACCUGUCGCUCGAAGAGGCCGAGCGCGAGCGCAUCUGCCGCAACUACCAGGGCUUCAACUUUCCGGUUGUCGAGGGCGUGGGGCAGUGGCUGGCGGCCAUGUGGAACGCCGUCGACGUGGCCGACGACGAGGCGCGGACGCGGUGGUGGGAGCCCGACUGCAGCGAGGCCGAGGUCGAGGUGCUGCGCUUCCUCGUCGACGGCGGCGUGAUUGCAGACGACGAGGGGUGGGGCGGCGAGGUGAGCGCCGGGCUCGCCGACCGGCCGAUCCGGUACGCCAUCUCGACGGUGGCGGCCAAGGCGCACACGACGCUCGCCCACGAGCGCCUGCACGCCCUCUACUUUUUGUGCGCCGAGUACCGCGCGCUCGUGGCGACGCACUGGUCGACGCUCUCGGCGCCCGUCAGGCGGGCCAUCGAGUACGACCUGCAGAUGCGCGGCUACUCGGAGAGCGUCUUUGCCGACGAGUUCCAGGCGUACCUGGCCGAGGGCGAGGGCACCGAGCGCGAGUUUGGCAACAAGUGCGCCGCAGAGUGCCGCGACGCCUCGCGCGCGCUGCGCCAGCGCGUCGACGCCUUCUGGGCCCAGGUCGGCGGCCAGGGCGGCGUCGAGAGGUGGGAGGACGUCAAGUGGGACGUGCUGGACCGCGCCGAGAAGCGGCAGCGCGACAAGAAGCGCAGCGAAAAGGGCGCGGCGGCGGCAGUGGGGUCGGGUGGCAAAAAGGGCAAGGGCGGCGGUGGGGGCGGCAAGAAGGCCAAAAAGUAG